GAGUUAAAAUAUUUAGUAUAUUCGGUUAGGCCUCGCCGAUAAGUUUGUUGAACGGUCGUGUCACAUUCAAACAGAAUGUCUUGCAACAAAACUGAAAGAACUAUAAUUACUGCUUGGAUCGUUCACUUUCUUUUCAGCCUUCGCAACGGAACCGAAAGCCUGGCGAUUACCAGUCUCUCUGUGCCCCAUUUGGUUGAGAAUGGUACUAGAGAAUACGUUGAUUUGGACUGUAUAUAUAACUUCACAGAAGAAGACGAACAACUGGUAGUUAAAUGGUAUCACAACGAAGAUCCUAAUCCUAUUUACCAAUGGAUACCAGAGCUUAACUCUCGUCGGUUUUCAGAAAAAUUCCAGGAUCGAGUAGACACGAGUUUUUUCCUUUCGCCUUCAGAUAACUUUACGAAAUAUCGCGGUCUUCGGAUUCUGAACCCUACCACAGAAAUUAGCGGAAAGUAUUCUUGUCACGUGGCUUCGCUAAACGGCAUCGAUGAUGCAAACAAAGACAUGAUAGUUUAUGCUCCUGGAAAACGCAUUAAGUUUAAUUAUACUAAAACUUCAUCAGAAGUAGCCACUUUCACGUGUGAGGUGGAUCAAAUAUACCCUCAACCACAAGUGACGUUGGUUCAGAUGGCACCUGGAAAAAGUGAGCGGAAACUUCUACAAAACACUCCAACUAAAACAGAGAAAAAUAAUGGAUCAUAUCGGGUGCUUCUUACCAAAGAAAUUAAAGAUAGUGACCUUCCGUUAGAUGGCGCUACAACUUUUGAGUGUGUCAUUUUGAUACCACAAACAAACUACCAAAAGCAUAGUAGCAUCGUGUAUCAUCCUGGAACUCUUCAAGCGGCGGCAGUCGGUGAUGGUUCACCAGCUGGCGCUCCUAGAAUAGGAAGUUUUUGGAUUCCUUUCCUGGUGUGUUUAGUGUGGUUAGUGAGAAGGUGUACGUAGCGAAGAGAUUAUUUCACGGUACCAUGCCGUUACUCGUGGCAAAAUACGUAUUAUAGAAACAUCUAUGUCACCUGUUGUGCAUCGCCAUCUAGUGUAACACGCAUAAACUAUUUGUGAAAAAACAUUGAGUGUUUGCUCCAUGUAACUAAUAUCUAUAUGAUACGAUCAUUUUUAGGAUGCUUUAAAUACAAUCAAAAUGAUUUACAAACUACUAAUAUCUAAAUUUAAUGUAAGCUGUAAUUAUAG